AUGUCAUCUAUUUUGGCCAAACGGCCAAGGGAGGAGGAUGUCUUUCGCGGGCUUGGCGAUCGUGGCCCAAAGAAAUCGCGCUUUGACCGAGAUAUAGUAUCCUUCCCGUCCAAUCCGUCGCUAGCCGUGAAAUUUGCCUUUGGUGCUCCUUCCCUCUCAUCCGCAUUGCAACCUACGGAAUCUGCCCAGCAGCAUAGCCAUAUAAUCCUUGAUGGCACAAUACCAGAGCCCUUUCGCCAAUGGCGCGAAGAGAAGAAGAAUGCUCCAUCCUCGCAAGCCCGUCGUCCGCCUACACUGACUUUGGACACCGCCAUGGAAGUCGACGCAGCACAGCCUUCGCCCCUGCCGAACGGCGACAACUUGUCACCAUGGCCCGUGAGUGCAAAGUCUAGAGUUUCGAGUCACCUCCAGCCGUCACCGAUACCCCAUCAUCUGCUCAGCCAGUCCCUCACCAUCAGCGGAGGACGCAUAUCUACGCCCAUCCAUAGCCACUUCACCUUGAACAUGAAUUCAGAAUUGAUGGCCGACUCAUCUCGGCCUACCGGGACUUUGAACCCCCUGGAUGAGUCGAACUGGUGGCGGCGGAGACGACUCCCCAGUCCGAUCAGUGAAGCUGGCGGCGAUUCCCCGGCUGAGCCUUUGCAUGAUUUGGAGAAUCCAUCCAAAGAGACUACAGACAAUUGGCCCGAUUCGCCGUCUUCCAUGGACGUUGAUGGUCACGCACCCUCAACCACGUUCCUACAGGUUCCAGAGCAGAAUCUGGAAGGAGUAGCUGCCCAUCUACCUGAAUUCCCGCAAUCGAACGCCAGUUCCCUUUCUGCAGUACAUUCCGAGACAGCGGCGCUCAAUCCCGGACCAAGAAGAGAGAAAAUAAGUUUCUCAAUGGGCUAUCGUGCUGACUGCGAAAAGUGCCAGAUGAAAGUCCCCGGUCAUUACAGCCAUAUAGUGCGGUCUUAG